UCAGUUGCAGAAAUGCAAAGACUGUUGCAACAGUUUCCACUGCCCCUUCUGUGCAAGCAACAUCUUUAAACCAACAAGACUUAUCAAAUUAAAAAUGCAUCUCAAAAGUCACUGUAAAAAAGCAAUCGUCCACGAAGGUAUGAGCAAGACUUGCUAGAUAUACCGUGGCACUAUUUUCCUGAUCAGUGCUCGAAUUGAACCAAGUCUCACUCAUCAGACUUUUUUUUGGUGGGGGUUAGUCUCGCAAUAUAAUAAUGAUACAAAAUACACAAUAUAUUUGAUUAUAAUAUGCAAAACUAUUAUAUUUAAAACAGGCUUACAUAGACGAACAGGCUUAUUUCACUGUCCUGCGCAUAGCCGUCUUUAGACGUUUCAAAUUUCAAGAGACAUGACAGCUAGCCCAUAAACAAACGUAAUAUAAAUGAUUGUAAAAGAUUAAUUCACAAAAUGUACCACAUCCAUUGCAUAAAUUUAAUCACAUUUGUCAUUAUAAUUUUAACGGAAAUACAAAUAUCUGAGGGACCCCCCAAAGUAAAUUUUUUACUUCUUAAGGGGGGUCCCUAAUGCCUUAUGGGGUGUCCCGCAACCCCCCUGCCCCCCUUCAAUUCGAGCACUGUUCCUGAUGCUAUUCCUUUUGUUUCUUUUAGACUUCACCGUUCACAGAUGUGGAUUGGGCUGUAGACCGUCUCUUCAUUAUCACUGCAUGUACUGCACGAGCACAGUCUUAAGGAGAGAUGAUUUUAAAAACCAUUUGCAAGUCUGUAAACACAAACAGUUAGUGACCAUUGAAAAACUGUCAUCCGCCAACGCAGCCGCGACGAAACUGUGACCGCUCCAGCCGUCCAACAGUCACCCUCCAACAACGGUUUAAUAGCUUCCUUGGCGAACUUGAAAACAAUAAGCCCCUUGAUCAAGGCGGAGACCCCACCAGCCACUUCAGUUCACUCGAGCAAGGUUCGCGUGCGACCCGUUGUCAAAAAAAGAUGCCCGAUUUGCAGUGCCCUCAUGAAUAAAUGCAACCUCCAGAAGCAUAUAGACCGCAAACACACCGAAGGGUCUAUGAACGACAUUAAUGCCACGUCCCAUCUCACCAGCCAGUGCAUUGAUAAAACAAACGGCAUGUUCGCGGUCCGCAAAAUCGCAAAGGGACGCAGCGUGCCGCUUCAUGUCCAGUUCAAAACAUGGGGAGAAACUCACAGGGUCCUGUGCGAUUCCAGUGAGUGUCAGUCAAACAUGGAGCUCGCUCAGAGCAGCGGCCUGCCGUCUUAUCAGUGCAAGCACAUCAGAUCUGUGACCUACUGCAAGUCUUCAGCUGAGGAGGAGUCGCUGACGGACGAAGUUUUAACGGAGAUGGUGAGAAUGAGAUGGAUAAAUGAGGAAACAGAAAAGAUGUGUCUCGCUCAGCGGCAGCUUGCAGAAAGCCACCGCGCACCCCUUUCCGUCCACACCACGAUUGGAGUGCUGCCGAUGAAGAAAUGCAUAUCGGUUUUCGAGCCCAACCACAGUCAGCUGUGUCGUGUCAUGGUGGUAUACAACACCAAAUUGAACAAAUGGUUUUGCCCCUGCGCAAAAGUGCGCCGUUCCUGUACACACAAACACGUUGCCCAGUGGCAUCUCUUCCAGACACAUCGUGAGCUGUUCCAGCCGACCCCGAAACCUGAAGAAUCGCUUAAAGGAGACCAGUUCGACUAUUAUUUGGAGGGGAUGGACGACACGGAUGAUGAGGCCGCGUAUCCGCCGACUGGUCUCCGAUUGGAAAAUUUAGUAGAUUACGUGUUCCAGAACAAGAAGAUACCUGCUGACCUACCGGAGAAUAUUCGCCUGCUGUCGACGGAGAUGAGCUACUCAAGAAGCCUCUGUCCGAAUGAAAGCGUUUGUCAGAUAUGUCCAGAAGCUGUUCCUCUUGGCGAGGCUGCCCUGAUAACACAAACGGCAAAAAUACUCACCAACUGGCGCGUUAUUGAAGAUGUCGCCGUCUACUAUAAGCAGUGCCCACAGUGUGAAAUGUGUUACCGGUACCAAGAAUGGAAAGACGGCCUUCAUAACUACAAUGACGACAUCAUCCUGGACAUACCUUUGUGUUUAACCCUCAGGAACCUCCUGCAGGUCCACACUUCAGUGAGCAGAGCGGUGGAGUUUUUGCAGCUCAUGGCUGGUGUUGAGUUUCCGCCGCCGGACACUGUUCUGCGUGCAUACUUACACUUUGAAGCUCUCACAGAGCACGAGUACAGGUUCUCAUGUGUCUCAUGUGGAGAUCAUCCGCCGGUGGUCAUUAUGGGUUUACACAGACAAGCUUUGCAUUCCUCAGUGAAGCACAUUGAAGAACCUCCAGAGAGUUUCAGAGGAGAGAUCGAUGUGGAAAGAUUUUGGGAGGCCGUGUCUAAAGAGAUGAUCGCUCGAGGAUUUGUUGAGAGUGAUGUUCAUAACCCAUUUGUAGUUCCUCCAUCUUUGCACUUCUGGGCUCCUUGGGUUGGCAGAAACACACGGCUCUCCGACACGGUGCUCAACACGGAGUUUGAGAAAGUUCACUCCACAAAUUCGGUUUCAGAGAUCUCAGAAGACGGACUCACGGAGGAACUAUUCAAGCAGAAGGUUGACGUGAUAAGGAGCUUGUGCACAGACUGCGGUUUGGACUCCACUGGAUCUCACAGUGACCUCCUGCUUAGAUUGUCAAAUAAAAUGAAAUCCAGGCCAACGUAUAAAAAAGUGUUUGAGAAGAUCUGGACCCCUGCUGGUGGCUGGGGUGUCAUCAUGUGUCCCUGUGGGGUUGUGUACAGUCUAAGAAACAAUCUCCGAGCUGAAAGCCCUCAAGACUUCGCCGAUUUGUUAUUGUCAUGGAAACACAUGCCCAAUGUCAUCAUUUACCAGUUUGCGGAUGAUUUGGCGAAACACAUUAAUCUAAGAGCACCGGAACAGGUACCGAUCUCUCCGUUUGAAGGAUGCUUAGCAGAACCCACUUCAGUUAAUAUAGAUUUAGCCAGAAGAGGAAAGCUUCACGUGUCGUUACCUUGGCUCCAGAGUAGGAAGACGGUGACAGAUCUUCAUGGACAUCCACUCACAGGAUCUUCUAAGCAUUACGUGCUGUAUGACCAGAUUCCUGAAGGAAAUCCCACAGACAGUGGAGAUGCUUUAAGGAACCCUGCAUCUGUACCUCAACUGGCUGGAAAAGUGAACCGGCGGAUUGUGGAGCAGCUGUUUGCUGAGAUCAAGCAAAACGGCUACUUUUUGAAGAUGACGUCACCGUCAACACAGAUGUUUCAAAUGAGGAACAUCAUUCAUCAUUAUAAUCAACACAAGAAUAACAAAGUCAUCAACAGGAUGGGCGAUCAGUGUUUAGUCAAUCCAAGUUAUGUUUAGAGAAAGUGAUUUACCACAUAUUCAGAUCAAACGCUGACAACUGUGUUUAUAACUUUAUCAUGUUUAUUUUGUUUUAUUACCAGUUAAAUUUGUUCACUGGAUAAAAAGGUUUUGUUUGAUUUAUUGUUAAAAGUGUUUUGUAUUGUAUAUAAUUAAAUGUUGAUCUUUAAAUUCUCA